AUGCCAGCCCUCCUCGAAUUUCUGCCCUUUCCACAACUGCUAACCGAGCUCCGAAUCCAGAUAUGGGAGGUCUUCGUCCGGGAGGUCGACACCAACCGCCUCGUCCUGAUCGACGGGCGGCGCAUCCUCCCCGUCCAAUCCCUCGCCUCACCCCUCUUGCGCGUCAACACGUUGAGCCGCCAUAUAGCCCUGAAGUGGUACCCAACACGACUUCCCCUCUACGACAUGAACAAGGCGGCACGCUAUCGCCACUUCGCGAGGCUCUCAGUCCGCAACAACAAGGACCGGUCGCUCGGCCUCCCGGUGUCGUCCCGGGGAAACCCUAUGCGCGGUACCACCACCACCACCACCACCACCAACCAUCUGGACUACUACGGCACGCUCUAUCUCAACCUCGAGCGCGACAUCUUCGUAGUGCACAAGUUCGGGCUGCAAUGGCGGCCCGACGUGCCCCGCAAGAAGGGCCCAGAUGGGGAGGAUGAUUCCGGCGGCACCUACGUCCGCUCGCGAUGCGACUCUGAGACUCCCGAUGCCGCCGAGUCUGCUGAUUUUACUGAGUCUGCCGAGGCUGCGUAG